GAUUAAUUGAUAAAAAAUAAAAUUAUUAAUGCUAAAGUGACUUUUUAGAAGGAUUUUUAUUAUUAAUCUAUGUAGAUAAAUUUUUCAUUACAUUUUAGCUUUCAUUUAAAUGGUUUUAAUGGCGAAGAGGGAAAAUUUGUACAAAAAAUUAUAAAAUGCGAUUUUCGCGCCACCCACCCGAUUUGCGGAAGUGCGAACAUGUGUCCGGUCCUUUCUUUCAACAUGGCUGAACAGACCGAAAGAGCUUUUCAGAAGCAACCGACUGUUUUUCUUAACAGGAAAAAGAGUCUACUCUCUGGUAAAUCCAAGAAGCUCCGUUAUGUCCGAAAUAUCGGUCUUGGAUUUAAAACCCCCAGAGAAGCCAUCGAUGGAACUUAUAUCGACAAGAAAUGCCCGUUCACAGGAAACAUUUCCAUCCGCGGCCGAAUUUUGACAGGCGUUGUAUUGAAAAUGAAAAUGCACAGAACGAUCGUAAUUCGUCGUGAUUACUUGCAUUACGUAAAGAAGUACAACCGUUUUGAGAAACGCCAUAAGAACAUGUCGGUUCAUCUAAGCCCAUGCUUUAGGGAUGUUAGAGUUGGAGAUUUAGUGACGGUUGGAGAAUGCCGCCCACUCAGUAAAACCGUUAGAUUUAAUGUCGUUAAAGUAUCAAAGGGUACUGGAAAAUCUUCAAAGAAAACUUUCGACAAGUUUUGAAGUAUACCACGUUAACAAUACAGUCUAAAGUGUGACUUAA